AGGAUCGUUUUGAGCAAAGUGAAGAGCAACGGGUUCUUCGUUCCUCACGUGAAGUCGUCGUGCGCGCGUGCAUCGUUCCGCAUAGAUCCGUAUAGAUCCUGCUAUGGAACUGCAGGAGAUGUUCCGUUACGGAUAUAUGUUUCCGCCGCGCGAGGACGAACCACUCGUGUCUACCUGCGCGUACCUCGACUUGCCGAAUUACGCGAAGACGACGAGCAAGACAGUUGGCCUACCGCCCGUCAGCACCCUCGCGGUGCCGCAGAGUCUCGUCUACGACAGCAGUAAUUGCAGCGACGGCUGGCAUACCCCGAGUCCUACCGCCAGCUUACGCUCCGUCAGCCCCGCCACCACAUUGUCGAUCUCUUCGGAGCCGGAAACGCUUAACAACGCGCCGACGUAUCGGUUGUUAGGCUCGACUAUCAAGGACAAAAGAAACACGACGGCGAAGAGAGCCUCGUCGAUCGGGCUGAGCAACAUCGGGAACAAACGAUUGCGCGUCGACGCGAUGGAACAUCUCGUGGCCGAGGAGAUAAUUAAUUUGGACGGUGAGCGCGAGGAUGCUGAAGAGAUGAUCAACCUGGACGCUGACAAGACACGGUCCUGCCACGACAGCGUCAUCAGCAACUCCAGCAGCGGCGGCCUGUCCGACAGAACGAUGGACGGCGACAGCGAGGAGGACGAGGCGAGCGACGGAGGCGCGGAUCACGCGGAGAACGCGCAUGUCACUUCCGGCGGACGUGAUCCUCGCAGGAGGGGCAAGUACGUCAACUCGACCAUCGUGAGGAAACGCCGACUGGCCGCGAACGCGCGCGAGAGGAGGCGGAUGCAGAAUCUGAACAAGGCGUUCGACAGGCUGCGCGCCUACCUGCCGUCCCUGGGCAACGAUAGACAGUUAUCGAAAUACGAGACACUGCAGAUGGCUCAAUCCUACAUCACCGCGCUUUAUGACCUGCUGCAAUGAAGAUGCGGGAAAGAGGAAGAGAGAAGAAACGCGAAGGAGAAGCGGUGCGUUCGUUUGCCGCGAUGCCAAGCUAAAUUUGCUAAGCUCGGGAAAGAAAAUCAAACGAGAAUUUCUUAAGUACGUGAUUCGCGAGUUUUUAAUAUUAUUUAGCCACUGCGAGAACGAAUGAAAUAAUCGCAAGCGUGAAAGCUACUUAAUCAGAAGAAUGGAAAAAUGUAUAUCGAUUCCGCAAAUUUAGAGAAUUCUAAUAUCGCUAAUGUUAUCACAUCUGAAACACGUGCCUUUGAAUUAAAAACUUUUUAUAUACAUUUAUAC